AAAAAGAGGCUAGGGAAAUAAUAAACCCGAAAUUAUUACGAAAAAGUUAUAUAAAUAGAUACAUCUAGUGAUACACCUAAUAAAUAAUAUUUGUUCGCCGACAGCUGUUUUCGUAAACAUUGGCUAAUCUUUGCCUAGCUGGUCACACUGCUGCCCUUUGAUUUCUGGAGGACUUAAAUAAAACCGUGCAAUACAAUUGUCCAAAGGUUACUAAAAAGAUGAAGCCGGCUUUAAAAACUGUCAACGCCACAGGAAAACACACUGCUUCAGUGAUAUUCUUUCACGGAUCCGGCGACACCGGCCCCAAUGUUCUGGAAUGGGUGCGCUUCCUGCUCGGUCGCAAUCUGGAGUACCCCCAUAUAAAGAUCCUCUAUCCUACGGCUCCCCUGCAAAAGUAUACUCCACUGGGUGGAGAUCUUUCCAAUGUCUGGUUCGACCGCAAGUCCGUGAACAUUGCCGCACCGGAGAGCAAGAAGAGUAUGUCGCGGUGCUACGAAGAAAUCAACCAGCUGAUCGACGAGGAGGUGGCCAGCGGGAUACCGCUGAACAGGAUCAUCGUGGGCGGAUUCUCCAUGGGCGGGGCCGUGGCCUUGCAUACUGGUUACCAUUUGCGGCCCAGUUUGGCGGGCGUUUUUGCUCACUCGUCCUUCCUUAAUCGAGGCUCUGUUGUCUACGAAUCAUUGGCGAAUAGUAAAGCGGAUUCCCUUCCCGAGCUGCGAAUAUUCCACGGAGAGCGUGAUACGCUCGUGCCGCUAGACUGGGGCCAGGAAACAUUUGAAGCCCUGAAAAAACUGGGCGUCAAGGGGACAUUCCACCCACUGAGAAACACCCUGCACGAACUGAAAACCGCAUCCAUCAAGGAUCUUGAGCAAUGGAUUCAGGAAAAGCUGCCGCCGCUGGAAAUCCAAGUCCCAAAUAAACUAUAACAGUGUUUGGCAUGAAACCCGUGCAACUCGGAGCAGCGCAGAGGCAAGUCUUUCCCUUAUUUACGUUCUUAUACUGCCCCUCUCCGCCGUAAUGAAAGCACAAUUCCUCACUGGCAGAA